CGUGACAGUGCCAGUGCCAAGUGUGUCGAGGAACGAGAGUGAGAGAAAGUUCGUCAUGGUGCCACGGAGUAACAGGUCCUAUUGGCUGGCUCUGGUCACUGCUCUCCAGCUGGUGAUCACUGCAAACGGAGAAGACAUCCGUGUGUUCGCCUUGCAGCCAGAUAUAUGGGCGGCCCCGCGAUCUGACGUGUACCUUAGGUUCAACAUGAGCCAGCAACAUGUAGCCUCAUCUCUUACUGACAUGAGUGUGUGCUACAGGGCCUUCCAGACGGCACUCACUACGCUGCAGGUGUUUCUGUCCUACGCCACGGCCGAUUCCUUCUCCAAUGCUAUUAUGAUGUACGUCGCCGACGGAGAGCACGUCUUCCGCCUCAACAACCAGCCGCAGGAGGCCGCGCAGCGAGUCAGUGUCCCGACUGUGCUUCGGCGAUGGCGGCACUACUGCCACGUUCUGGUCGGGGAGACGUACACCGUGUACGUCGAUGGAGAGGUCGCAGCCUCGGGUCCUAUCUCAGGCGACGACCGCGUCCUGCCUCUCAACGGCUCCUUCAUUGUAGGACAAGAACAGGACGGGUUUUCUCGUGGCAUGGACCAGCAGCAGAUCUUAAAAGGUUAUGUGACCCAAGUUAAUCUGUGGGAUCGUCGUGUCUCCGGCGCUGAAGUGGGCGACAUGGCCUCGUGCAGGGUCAACAUGAAGGGGAACAUCUUCUCGACGGACCGAGACGACGUGGAAUUAGUCAAUGUCCAAGAGAGGAACGCGUCUCUUGAAGAUCUGUGUUUGCGCGAGGAGGAUUUCGUGAUUUUCCCCGAGCGCUACACGUACUUGGAGGCGGAGGAGUUCUGUCGCUUCGUAGGCUCGAGGAUGUACGCCCCUCUCGACUCCCGGAAGAUGCAGAUGUUCAACGAGACGAAGUGGAGGGAGAGGCUGCGGUUCCGGACGUGGUUGGCCGUCACCGACAAGGAAGAGGAGGGAGUGUGGAGGCGCGUGAAGGACGGCAAGGUCCUUCGCGACAUCGCCUUUGCUCCCGGCCAGCCAGACAAUGGCAAGAACGAAAACUGCAUCAUGUCCGGCGGCACUGACAGCCUUCUGAACGACUUCAGGUGCAACAGCGCCAUCCAGGGCAGCGCCGUGUGCGAGGACCAGACGGACGUCCCCCUCUUCCUGCGCGGCGGCUGCAAGGCCGCGCGGACCAUGACCAUGUUCGAGAUCCGCGGCUACGUUCUCGAGAAGCCCUACUUCCACGGCUUCCACGGCGAGAUGAUCAUGCUGGCCAAGGAGAAGGAGGCCGAGGGGAAGAAGUGGCUGUGGGUCGACAUAGCGAGGAAUGUCACGCUGGCGUCGCUGGAGGUGGAGUCGCAGAACGUUUAUCCUUUCGGGAGGAGGAAAUGGAUGUUGGAAGCGCCCGUCUGCGACCGGAAGGAGGGCACCACGCGCGUCCUCAGCCUGUCGCGGUGCACCGACAAGGAGUACAUGUGCGACGACGGGAACUGCAUCGACAUAGCCGCCCGCUGCGACGCCAAGGACGACUGUGGCGACCAGACGGACGAGGACGACUGUGACAUCGUAACGACCCCGCCUGACUACCGCAAGUUCAAACCACCCAAGAACGACCAGGACCCGACCUUGCCUCUCCUCCCCGAGGCGGAAGUGAAGUUCAUCCGCUUCCACAAGAUUGACGACGUCCAGCAGGUCAAUUACCUCGAGUUCAUCCUCACCUUACGCUGGGUCGACUCUCGCGUGACCUUCUUCAACCUGAGAAGCGACCUCUUCGCCAACAAACUGUCGGCGAGCGAGAGGGAGAAGAUCUGGACGCCGGAGCUGGAUUUCCCCAACGCCUUGGACGGGGAUGUCAAGGCGGUCAAGACAAAUUUCUUCAUCCAGAGGACCGGGGAACCGAAUGAGCUCGACUUCAAUAACGUUAAUAUGGACCAGACCUACAACGGCAACGCAGGAACGAUCAUUCUACAGAAACACUACAGCGGCGCCUUCGUCUGUGAUUUCGACGUGUUCUUCUAUCCCUUCGACGUCCAGCACUGCGGCGUCUCCAUCAGGUUGGCCUCCGUCAGCAAGGGACAGGUCAGCUUCACUGCCGUCAGGUCAAGGGCAACGUAUGCCAAGUACGUGCCUCUCCCGACCUAUAUAGUGGGCAGUCCCGUGGCUUUCAACGACAGCGGGGUACACAGGGAGAGUGUGCUGCAGGUCACCUACACCCUGACCAGACGCUACACCCUCAUUGUGCUGAGUGUCUUCAUGCCGUCCAUCCUUCUCCUCGCCAUCGGCUACUCCACGCUCUACCUCAAGAUUAUUCAGAUCCAUGUGAGACUCCCCGUCUCCCUCACGACGCUGCUCGUCCUGUACACGUCCUUCAACCAGACGUCCUCCUCGCUCCCCAAGACAGCCUACGUCAAGCUCAUCGACGUCUGGUACUUCUUCUGCAUCCUCCUCCUCUUCGUCGUCAUCGUCGUGCACGUCCUGGGCGAGAGGCUGCCUUCCGAGGCCAUCGUCUACGUCGGGAGAGAACCGCGGGGGCGUCUGCGCUUCACGGCCGAGGCGCUUCUGCGGUUUGUGCGGCUGGCUUUGGUGCCGGCGGUGGUGGUGGUCUUCUCCGUCGUGUACUGGACCGUUCUGGUGACGUAG